CGCCGCCCCUUCACCCCCACUCGGCUGGUCGGUGGCUGCGGGCACCCGGGAGCCUCUCCUCCCUCAGCGCCGCCCCUUCACCCCCACUCGGCUGGUCGGUGGCUGCGGGCACCCGGGAGCCGCUCCUCUAUCUCGCUCUGCGAAGAGUUUACUGGCACAGCCGUGCGCUCGGAGUCCCUGUGGCGGAGUCUCUGUGGCAGAGCCCCCGGCUUCCGGCGUCGUCAGGGAGCUCAGUCCGGCCGGGGGCAGUCAAUUAGCCCCCUCAGUGAUAUAGCGAGGGAGUUACUCGAACGUGCAUCGUUUGACAAUGGAUUACAACCUCAAUUUACUGAUGCAGCCGGAUGAACCGGAUGGAAGCUCAGAAAGGGAGAACGAGAAAACGAGGUUGAAGCAUAAUCUGGGAGGGAAGCUGUCAUGUUCCGUCGCAGAGGGGAACAUGGAGGAUUUCAGCAAGGUCCUACGUAUCAUUCACAUCACCAGGAUGAAACUGACUGAGCCCUGGUUCUCGGACCAUAAAACGGGGAAGACUUGCCUGAUGAAAGCUUUGCUGAAUCAGAACAGCAACACAGAGGGAAUAGUGAAACGGCUGAUAGAGACGGCAGAGAAGAACAAUUGUUUAAAUCAGCUGAUUAAUGCUGAAUAUACUGACACAGAUUACAAAGGUCAAACAGCCCUGCACAUCGCCAUCGAGCGGCGCUGCCCUGACAUAGUGCGCCUCCUGCUGGAGAAAGGGGCCGACGUGAAUGCGCGGGCCACGGGGAAAUUCUUCAAGCUGAGCAGGCGGCGGCAAGGCUUUUACUUUGGUGAACUUCCGCUCGCCCUGGCUGCGUGCACCAACCAGCCUGAAACCGUGUCCCUCCUCAUGGCUGACCAAAGGACCAAGGUCAGGGAGCAGGACUCCGAGGGUAACACGGUUCUCCACGCUCUGGUCACGGUGGCUGACGACACGGAGGACAACACCAAGUUCGUGACAGAAAUGUACAACAAGAUCUUGAUCGGAAACAAAGGCGGCAACUUGGAGGAAGUCCGCAACAGGAAAGGGCUGACUCCCCUGCAGCUUGCUGCCAAACUCGGCAAGUUUGAGAUAUUUCGAAAUAUUCUCAAUCGAGAGAUAAAAGACAAGAAGCACAGGAAGCUCUCCCGGAAAGUCACGGACUGGGCUUACGGACCGGUUGCCUCUUCGCUGUAUGACAUCACGGGAGUGGAUACCACGGAGAAGAGAUCUGUUCUGCAGAUCGUGGUGUUCAACACCAAGAUCCAGAACCGUCAUCUGCUGCUUUCGGUGGAGCCUCUGAACACUCUCCUUCAACAGAAGUGGGAGAAAUUUGCAGGUUACAUGUUCACUGCCAGCUGCCUGCUCUAUGUGCUCUACAUAACCAUGUUCACCACCAUUUACUAUGACAGUUCACAUAAAUAUGAGGUUCCCUUUCAGUUAAACGCCACAACUCCUUCGUGGCAGUUCAAUGGACGGAUCUUCAUUCUGCUGUGGGCUGUUCUUUUGUUGGUCAUAGAGGUCCUGAUGAUUAGCCAGCUGAGGCUCCCAGACCUGCAGUCGGUGGUGACGGAAGCCUGGUUCCACAUCCUCUUCUUCUUGCAGGCUGGGAUGGUGGCCUGCUCUGCCGUGUUGUACUGGCUGGGCGCUGAGCUCCAGCGAGCCACGCUGAUGGGAGCACUGGUUCUCGGCUGGAUCAACGUCCUCUACUACACCCGGGGAUUCCAGAGCAUGGGGAUCUACAGCGUCAUGCUGCAAAAGAUCCUGUUAAGUGAUGUGGUGCAUUUCCUGUUCGUCUAUCUGCUGUUCCUAAUUGGUUUUUCUGCAGCUCUGGCCUCCCUGAUUCAGCGAUGCCCCAACAGCCAGAAGUGCAGCUCUUUUGACUCUUUCAACAUGGCCAUGCUGGAACUCUUCAAGCUCACCAUCGGACUGGGAGACCUGGAGAUACAGAGCCAGGCCGUCUACCCGCAGCUGUUCCUCUUCCUCCUGGUGUUGUACGUUGUCCUCACCUUCAUCCUGCUGCUGAACAUGCUGAUCGCGCUGAUGGGGGACACCGUGGGCAACCUCUCCAAAGACAGCAAGAACAUCUGGAAACUGCAGCGAGCGAGAACCAUUCUGAACUUGGAGAAGUACUUGCCAAAGUUCCUGAAAGAAAAGUUUCAGUUGGGAAUAGAGCUCAAUGGCAAGAGAUACAUCAGGAUCAAUGAAGUGAACUGGACAAAGUGGAGUACAAGUGUAGCUUGCAUCCAUGAAGAUCCAGGAGAAGAGAGAGAUGAGUCCUCUGACGAAAGCUCAGAUGAAGUAGACAGAGCGUUAUUAUCAGACCGUGAAAGUGUUCCGAGGAAAAGGUUCUGGACCAGAGGAUGGAAUCUGGGACCCACCAAGAAAUACACAAGGAGAGCGAACAGGCACAAUGCAGCAAGCCACACACAGAUAGAGAUGAUUUCAGAACAAAGUACAUCGGCUGCAGGGGCUACGAACUUCAAGCCAUGCCAGGCUGGGCCAAGCGGAGAUGCACUGAUUUAGUUUGUUACUGCUGAAACAGUGUGAUAGACAAUGCUGCCUCGGUGAUUACAGUACUAACCUUGUCAAGUUUCAGGGACUUUCAGACCAAAGGUUUCAGAGCAGCAAGGGAAAGACCGGGGGAGCAACACCUCAUACUUCAUCUGGGUAGCCUCCAACCUGAUGACAUGAUCAUUGAUUUCUCCAACCUCUGGUAAUUUUUUUCCUCUUCCUACCCUUUUCUUCAAUUCCCCAUUCUGGCCUCUUACUCCUUCUCCUCACCUGAUGCCCCUCAUCCUUCCCUUUCUCCCAUUACACACUCUCCUCUCCUAUCAUAUUCUUCCUUCUUCAGCCCUUCACCUUUUUCACUAGUCAUCUCCCUCCCCCACCUACCUGGCUUCUCUUAUCACUUUCUAGUUCUUUGUUCCUUUCCCUACCCCCACAUUCUGGCAUCUUCCUACUUCCUUUCCAGUGCGGAUGAAGGGUCUUGGCUUGAAAUGUCGACUCAUUAUUCCUUUCCGGAGAUGCUGCCUGUCCUGCUGAGUUCCUCCAGCAUUUUUGUGUAUGUUGCAAGGGAACACUGAAUGUCAGGUGCUGCCUUAAACGAAGAUCCAAACCACUUGUUCAGGAUGUCAACACAGUGAAUCAGAUGGUUCUGAAACUCCAGUAUCAUGCUACUUACAGCCAAAGGUUGUUGCUGUGGUGCAGUUGGUUUUACGUUGCAUUUUCAGGUCAGAACCUGAGGGGGGGUUGGAAAUUCAAUGCGAACCUGGAAAAGUCUUUCUGGCCAAUGGAGACAAGCCAAGAGAUAGUAAGGCAAGGGUGAACCAAAUAGACUCUUCGCUCCAGUUAUUGCUACUUUCCUCACAGAGGUGGUACAUAAAUGCAAGUUAAAUUACCCCUUGCCCAGCUGGAUAAGUAGAACAAAAUGGCCAACAUUUCAUUAAUAUAAACAAUAAAAGUAAUUUUUUAAAGGAUAUAUAUGGGGCAGAAUUUAAUGGUGCAAAAUCAAAUGCACACUGAGGAUACCAGUCCAGUUCAAACUGGAACCUACCCACAACUGAAAGUACUCCUUGGGUAUUGUGCAUGUGGAUUGGACCCCAGGAUGAUCUGGUGCUGAAACUCAGGAACCUCGUAGCAUAGUGGUUAGCGUGAACACUUUCCAGCACCAGUGACCACCCAUCAGGGUUCAAUUCCUGACGCUGUCUGCAUGGAGUUGGCACAUUCUCCCCAUAACCACGUGGAUUUCCUCAGAGUGCUCCAGUUUCCUCCCACAUUACAAAGAUGUGAAACGUGGAAGGAAACUAGAACACUCGGAUAGUGUUAGUGAGUUGUGGGCAUGCUAUGUUGGCACCAUAAGUGUGGUGACACUUGCAGGCUGCCCAUCCUCUGACUGCGUAGGUCGUUGAUGCAAACAUUUUACUGUAUGUAUCGAUGUACAUGUGACAAACAAAGUUUCUGAAGGACAAUAAAACGAAAUUAGGUUAAAUUAUCUCCUCCCAUUCUGCCUCAGUAUCCCAAAGGCAAUCUAUUUGUGUGGUUCAAAGCAUGCUAAACUCAGGGUAUUUGUUAAAGAUCAAUUUUUUGAAGAUAUUUUUUCCUACAAUACAAUCACGGCCAAGAUUCUGAGUGAUGCCUUAAACCAAGAGUGGGGUUUUAAAUAGGAGAGCUUCCAAUCAGGGUCUGGACUCUCCAAUCAUGGUGAAUACUUACAGGCAAUGUUUCCUCUAAUUUUUGUUUUUUACAGCCAUGCAGACCAACCAUUACCCUGACCAGCGGACUUUUAUACUGCCUGAAAACCAUGUGGCAUUUAUGAAUAUGCAUACUAUGAGUAUGUAAAAUGAAAAUUGAAAAAUCACAUGCUUACGAUUUUAUUGAUAAUGAAAUACAGCACAACAAAGUAAAUCUUUCACGUUGCUGGCAGUUUAACAACACUGAGCUACCGACUUCCAUUCUGUGUUUAUUAUAACAAUUCAUAACAGCAUUGUAAUUUGGAACACUGACAGUGUAAAUAUGUUGAAGCUCUAAAAUGUUUCAGAGGUUGUGGUACAUUUAUUAUGUAGAAAAAAUUAUGGAUUAUAUUCAUUUAAUUACAGGGUAUUUCACAAUUAUAUUAACAUAGAUUUCAAAAUUAUAAAAGCGUAAUUUCAAAUGAUAUUAGCAUCAUAUAAAAGAAAAUUCCAGCUGCCCAGCCACAAAGGCUAUGUGUGCGGGAGCCUUUCAGUUACUGCAUGGCCAGGCACCCAUGCAGCUGAGGCCAAACAGUGCCUCAGUGGGAGAUGUCUGAGGUCGUGUUUUUUUUACAUUGAGUGCAUGGUUGGCCCUGCUAGGGGGUGUGGUAAAGGCAGAUAUAUUAGGAACAGUUUAGAAACACUUGUAUAGGCACAUAGACGAUAGAAAAAUGGAGGUUAUGUAGGAGGGGUUAGAUUGAUCCGAAAGGAUUGGCCCAACAUUAUGGGCUGAAGAGUCUGUACUGUGCUGUAGUGUUCUAUAUUUAUCUUGUCUGCUUGCUUCUAGUUCUAGAGACACAGUCAUACAACAGAGAAACAGGCCCUUCAGCCCAUCACAUCAGUGGUGUGCAUUUUUACUCAUCAGCAUUGCCCACAUUUGGGCAGUGUUGUUCAAUGUCUUGCCUACUUAGGUAAUUGUCUACAUCUCUAAUUUCACCACUUCUACAGAUACCUAUCAUUCUGUGUGGGGGGAAAAAAAUACUUCCCUCCCGUGCUCUUUAAGUUCCUUCCUCCAGUCCUAAGCAUUUACCACUGCAAUGGACUGACUAAAUAAAAGAAAGGGUAUUCCACUUGGUUCGGGAGUCAAGACUCUGAUUGGAAGAUUUGCUAUUUACAAUCAUGGUCUUGGUUUAAGGCAGCAUUCAGAAACUUGGGUGUGACUGUAUUAGAGGAAAAUUAUUGACAUUUAACAUACCUCAAGCCUAACAUAUGUAGAAACACAUAAAUAGAUUUUCUUUGACUGUCCAUCACUUAAAAUGUUCAUGGAAAUCUGACUGUAGCAUAACCUGCAUUCCCACCUCUGCUCCAUACACCUUCAGCACUUUUCAAGGAUCUAAUCAUAACAUUGUCCUACAAAUAUUUAAAAUUCAUUCCCACUGAACUUGGAAGAGUUUCAAAGGCUCAACCCUUUCACCUUGUCUCCAUCUUAAACAGGCAACCUUUUUGUUUUAAACAGAAACUCUUAAUUCAAGGUUUACCCACAAGAUCCCCUUGUCAACCAACCUGUCAAGACAUUCCUCAGGACCCCUCCAAAACUCUUAGUGAGUGUUACGCCUUAAUGAUGACAGGUUGAGUGAGCUUGUGUGUUUCUCUUUGGAGGAGAAGAGGAUGAGAGAUUACUCGAUUGAGGUGUACAAGAUGAUAAGAGGCAUAGAUAGAGUGGAUAGCCAGAGACAAGUUCCCAGGGUGGAAAUGGCUCAUACAAGAGGGAAAUGGGUGGUGGGUGCAGAGACAGAUACAUUGGGGACAUUUACAAGAUGCUAGGAAGACUUGUAAAUAAAGUAAAAUAGAGGAUUAUGUGGGAAGGAGGAGUAAGAUUGAUCUGGGAGUAGGUUAAAAGAUCCACACAACAUGGUGAGCUGGCUUUCGAAAGCUACCUUUGCUCAUCUGUUAUUUUUACAACUUAUAGAUUGAUUAUAAUUUACUACUGUCAUCUCAACUCCCAUCAUUUCUACUUUUAUCCUUCACGCUAUUGUGGCAGUACUUUUAGGGGCUCUGUUCCCCAUUUCUACAAAUUAUUUCUUAACUUUUAUUAUAACUCCUUUCCAUCCCAAUCCUGGCUUCCUGAACUUGGAUCGUUAGAUAUGCACCCAGUGGCCACUUUAUUUGGCACAGAAUGGAACCUGGUGUGGUCUUCUGCUGUUGUAACCCAUCCAUUUCCAGGUUUGAAGUGAUGUGCUUUCAGAGAUGCUCUUCUGCACACCACUGCUGUAAAUGUGUGGUUAUUUGAAUUAUUGUCACGUUGCACCACCCUGGCCAUUCUCCUCUAACCUCUCUCAUUAACAAGGCAUUUCCGCUCACCGGGCAUUUUUUGUUUUCACGCCAUUCUCUAUAAACUCUAGAGACCGUUGUGUGUGAAAAUCCCAGGAAGUCAGCAGCUUCUGAGAUACUCAAACCACCCCAUCUGGAACCAACAAUAAUUCCACAACAAUCAUUCACUUAGAUCACUGUUCUUCCCCAUUCUGAUGUUUGGUCUGAACAACUCGACCUUGUCUGCAUGCCACUGAGUAUAGAAAUGGAAGUCUUUCCUUUAAGCACUGACAGUGUAUGGCCAGUGCUUAUUCUCCACCCAUGUCCUUCUCUUGCUGGGGUCCUUAUACCGCAUCAGUCAGUCGUGCUUAGCAAUUUGAAAGAGAACAUCACUGUAUCAAAACUCAAUUCAGAUGUGCAAAUUUUUUUUUAUUAUUCUUCAUCAAAACAUAGACCUACAACAGUGUACAUAGUUUUCAUACUGCACUGGAUACAUACGCCAGUAGCAAGAACUGCUCAUCUUCAGACUACCGUCUCCAAAACCAUAGUAAGACACCAAUCACAAGUGUUCAGCUUUUCCCUGUGUGAAAGUAACAUUGAGGUUUUCAACCCUCUUUGAUUUUUUGUAAUUAAAAAAGCAGGUCAUAAAUUAUUAAUACCAAAAAGGUAGUCACAUACUAAAACUGACCAGGACAUGAGAUGAUUAUCUGAAGGGGACAUUUUUCAAUUGUUUUACUCUGGCCCUUAAAACUAAAAAGGAUACCUGUAAAAGAUUUUUAUAAGUUCACUUGCUUCCUUACAAUAAAGCAAGGCAAGGGUAAUACUGGUUCCGAUCUCAGCAUUAGUGUUAAUUUUGAGGGCACUCAAGAGAUUAAAUUCCACCUUCAGCUGGCAAUUUGACCUCCAAACAGAUUGUCAAUUUUCUCGGCCCAGCAUGACUUAGGGGUAUUGUGAAUUAGCGUGUAAUCAGGGGAGCUCAAAGAGGCACAGACAGGAAAAAAGAUAGAUGGAAAUGAAGAGACAGGAAAAAGAAAGAAAAGCCCACAAACAGACUCAGCCCAUGAGUGUGGCUUACUGUACAUUCGCUACAGAGAUGAACAGGAGAGUGUGUGGAACUGAAAUUCAAAAAUUUGUACAGGGCAUACCGGGGAGUGCAGGAACUAAUGUAUCACAGCUUAUUUGAAACAACUCCGGAGUCAGUAUUCUACAGGAUGAAUAGGUUAGGACUUUAUUCCCUGGAGCGUAGGGGAAUGAGAGGAGACUUGAUGGAGGUAUACAAAAUUAUGAGGGGUAUAUAGCGUAAGUGCAAUCAAGCAUUUUCCACUGAGGUUGGGUGAGGUCAUGGGUGUAGGGUGAAAGGUGAAAUGUGAAUUGUUUAAGGGGAGCCUGAGGAGAAACUUUUUCACUCAGAGAGUGGCACGAGUGUGGAACAAGCUGCCUGCACAAGUGGUGGACAUGGGCUUGACUUCAAAAUUUCAGAGAAGUUUGGAUAGCGGAAGUAUAGACAUAGCAGGUGCAGGUCAAUGGGACUAGAUUAAUAGUUCAGCAUGGACUAGAGAUGGGCCAAAUGGCCUGCUUCUGUAGUGUUCUAUGACUCUAGGUGGUAGAAGUGGAAGUGAGAAUCUCUUCAAGCCCAACAGAAACAGCUGCAGAGUUUCAGCUUAGUUGAAUAACAAAUGAAUUGGAUAUCCAGGCAAUCCAGAACUAGGCUGAACACAGAAUCUGAAGAACGCAAUUGCUUUGCAAUAUAGCCACAAGCAAAGCACCAAAUGAAAAUGUUGGAGUAGUAGGUCAGCUUAAAGAAAAGUCCAUGCCACGUUAGGGUGAUGAUAAUGUGCAGGAGGGACUGUGAGAGGGGUUGCUGGCAAGUUGUGUCUCAAGGACACAGAGCUAACAAAAGGCUACUCAGGUCAGACAAAACUUGGGUUGUUUUCUAUAGAGAAACGGAAGCUGAGGGGAGAGCUGAUAGUGGUUUAUAGGAUUAUGAGAGGUGUAGAGUAAACAGAUUAUAUCUUUUACUCAAGAUUGAAAUGUCUGAUAUUAGAGGGCAUGCUUUUAAGGUGAAAGGAGUCAAGUUGUUUUUUUUUUAAAA